CACUGGAGAAGAAAAAGCUGAUGCUCGUCUGAACCGCUUUAUAAAAAUAAAAGCACAUUAUUGUGUCUGGCUCUGAGGAUUUAAACCCCUGAGGAGGAAAUUAAACAACCUGCCUUCCUCAUCUUCACCUGCAUGAUGGGCCAAUGAUAAAUGGGCUGUGUGAGGACAUGAAAACAGAGAUAUCCACGGAUGGAGGGACGUCAGAAGUCUGUGUGAAGAAAGAGGAGACGCUGGAGCUGAAAAUCUACAACCAUGGAGAUAACCUCGAUAAUCCACCUGAAGGUCUCUCUGUUAAAGUGGAAGAUCCUGACAAUAAAGACUACCUCUACUGCGAGGUUUGCAAAUCCUUCUUCCUCAACAAAUGUGAGAUUCAUGGACCACCCCUCUUCAUCCCAGAUACUUUUGUUCCCAUGGGAGUCCCUGACCGAGCCAGACAAACUCUUCCUCCUGGGCUAGAAAUCCAGAAGUCCAGUAUCCCUGAUGCAGGCCUGGGAGUGUUUAAUAAGGGGGGUACUGUUCCAGUAGGUGCACACUUCGGACCCUACCAAGGGGAGUUGGUAAAUGGAGAAGAAACCGGGAACAGUGGAGACUCCUUGGUUGUAUACAGGAGCAUGCAGUGUGAACAAUACAUCGAUACCAAAAGAGAGAUGCAUGUGAAUUGGAUGAGGUAUGUGAAUUGUGCCCGUAAUGAAGAAGAACAGAAUCUUGUGGCAUUUCGGUAUCGAGGGGGCAUUCUGUAUCGUUGCUGUCGACCCAUUAACCCAGGACAUGAGCUCUUGGUGUGGCAUGAAGAGGAGUACACCAAAGAACUCAGUCCUGCACCUACAGGAACAACCAGCCAGCAAGAAGUAAAGAACACUGAAGUAAAGAACACUCUGCUGCAAGUCUUUUCCUGCUCCACAUGUCCUCGUUCCUAUACAUCUCAAAUUUACCUCGACAAACACAUCCAGAGAUGCCACUAUAAAGAGUAUGUGGGCCUACGGGAAUCAGGAGAGAUUAAAUAUGAGCUUCAGAUCCCCUCCAGAUGUCAGCCAACAUCAACUAAUACUCUCAGUUCUGACACUUCUCAUAAUGCUAUACAGAAGGAAAUUCACCACUGCUCAGACUGUGGAAAGAGUUUUGGUCAUCAGAAUGCAUUCAAGACGCACCAGCGCAUUCACACAGGAGGAAAGCCACAUGACUGCUCACAGUGUGGGAAGAGUUUUACUGGACAGAGUGCUCUCCAACGACACCAACGCAUUCACACAGGAGAGAAGCUGUAUCACUGCACACAGUGUGGGAAGAGUUUUAUGAUGCAGAAUCAUCUCCAAGAACACCAGCGCAUUCACACAGGAGAGAAGCCGUAUCACUGCUCACAGUGUGGAAAGAGUUUUACUCAGCAGAGUACUCUCCAACAACACCAGCGCAUUCACACAGGAGAGAAGCCGUAUCACUGCUCACAGUGUGGGAAGAGUUUUACUCGUCAGAGUAAUCUCCAACAACACCAGCGCAUUCACACAGGAGCGAAGCCGUAUCACUGUUCACAGUGUGGGAAGAGUUUUACUCGGCAGAGUCAUCUUCAAGGACACCAGCGCAUUCACACAGGAGAGAAGCCGUAUCACUGCUCACAGUGUGGGAAGAGUUUUACUCAGCAGAGUGCUCUCCAACAACACCAGCGCAUUCACACAGGAGCAAAGCCGUAUCACUGCUCACAGUGUGGGAAGGGUUUUACUCGGCAGAGUACUCUCCAGCGACACCAGUGCAUUCACAAAGGAAAGAAGCCACAUCACUGCUCACAGUGUGGGAAGAGUUUUACUCAGCAGAGUCAUCUCCAACGACACCAGUGCAUUCACAAAGGAAAGAAGCCACAUCACUGCUCACAGUGUGGGAAGAGUUUUACUCAGCAGAAUACCCUCCAACGACACCAGCGCAUUCACACAGGAGAGAAGCCGUAUCACUGCUCACAAUGUGGGAAGAGUUUUACUCAGCAGAAUCAUCUUCAACAACACGAGCGCAUUCACACAGGAGAGAAGCCAUAUCACUGCUCACAGUGUGGGAAGAGUUUUACUCGGCAGAGUCAUCUCCAACGACACCAGUGCAUUCACACAGGAGAGAAGCCGUAUCACUGCUCACAGUGUGGGAAGAGUUUUACUCAGCAGAGUACUCUCCAACGACACCAGCGCAUUCACACAGGAGAGAAGUCGUAUCACUGCUCACAGUGUGGGAAGAGUUUUACUUAUCGGAGUAAUCUCCAACAACACCAGCGCAUUCACACAGGAGAGAAGCCGCAUCACUGAUCAUAGUGUGGAAAGAUGUUUACUUAUUCAGUUACAUUUAAUACCUACAAGUACACUAACUCAGAGACAUUGCAUGAUUUAAAGUAGUCACAUUAAAUAUGGUUGUUAUUAUGACUGUUCUGGCUGAAAAUGACCUUUAAUUUGAAAUGUAUUGUUCGUUAUAUAACACUUUUAAAAUAUGUACCUUUAUAGUGAUGUUUAAAACAAGACUGUUAAUGUUUUCUUUUGACCUUAAGUAGUCAUUAAUUACCACUAUACAGGUAACGAUUAAACUGCAAUUCUCAUCAGUGUAGUGCUGCAGCAUGAGACUAAUUGUUAAUGGAAUUAUUACUGAUCAGGAGUUUAACAUUACUAUGUUUAACAUGUGGAUCAAACCAAAUGACUAUGGAGCAUUGAAAUGAAGCUCGUCCAGCUAUAUGCAUCCGCCUCGCCUCACUGGUAGAGAAGGCGGCAUCGGUUAUUUAUAAUCAUAAUCUAGGAGUCGUACAAAAACCUGAACAAAAAUUCAGUAUGUUUGAAGUUCUUUAUCCUAACAUAUGUAGCUAAAAAAAAGUCUAUGCAGUUGAUUCAGCUAAUUAUUAUUUACAGACCAGUGGUCUAUAUUCUGAAGUUCUUUCUGAAUUUGCGGAUUUCUUGAGACAACGAAUUAAUUGUUAGACAUUAUUAUUUGUUUUGAUCACCUGGAAGACUCUGAGAACAGCAUUCUUGUCCAUUCGAGAUUCAGUAGGGGUUAAUCAGGAUGAAAUAGGACCUAACCCUACUUUUGUUCAGGUUUUUGUAUGAUUCUUAGUGGUCACACUCUCAAUCUAAUACUUGUAUUUAUAUUAAACAUAGGAAAUAUCGUCACUUCCACAGUCUGAAGCUCCCUCAGAUCAUUAUCUCCUCUCUUUUGAAAUGUCUUAGCAAUACUAUGUGUACCUUGCACACCAUCGCGUCAAAAGUACAUUCACGUCAACGACUGCAUAAAGUUUUAUCAGUAGUCUUCAAAGUUAUCAACUUGGAUUGGCUCACAGUCAGACCCCACAGAACUUGAUCAGCUAACUGAAUGCUGAGAGUCAACAUUCUGCUUUACUUUAGAUAAUGUAGCUCAACUUAAAAAAAAAUAAUUCAGGAGAAAAAAAACCUAGCACCCUGGUAUAACAAUCACACAUGCGCCUUAAAACAUAAAAUUAGAAAAUGGCAUCAAACAAAAUUGAUUAGCGUGGAAGGAGAGCCUCUGGAACUACAUGGACAAGCUUUUAAUGCUGCUUGAUCAACAAUUUUCUCCACCCUAAUAGAUGAUAAAAAUAAUCUUAAAUUAUGGAAUACUUUAGUCAGAAAAACACAGAAACGUACCACAGAAACAUACCUUCAAUAUGUAGUGUUGAUGACUUGAAGUUUCUUCGAUGGCAAAAUUGAAAAUAUCAGGCAAAAAUAUCAAACUAUUAAUUUAAAACUAGACAAUUUGAUAAGUCCCCCUGAAGAGAACAGUAUAACUACAUCACAGCAACAAUUUGUUUUACACCCCUUAGAGAGACUGAACUAAUUUCACUAAUUUCCUCAUCAAAAUCUUCAACCUGUGUACUUACAGUGGGGCAAAAAAGUAUUUAGUCAGUCACCAACUGUGCAAGUUCUCCCACUUAAAAAGAUGAGAGAGGCCUGUAAUUAUCAUCAUAGGUAUACAUCAACUAAGAGAGACAAAAUGAGAAAAAAAAAUCCAGAAAAUCACACUGUCUGCAUUUUAAAGAAUUUAUUUGCAAAUUAUGGUGGAAAAUAAGUAUU